UAGAAAAGGGUAAUGCAACAAGCUUCGCAGUCUGUUGUUGACAAGCCAUGUGGAGGGACGGGAUUCGUUUUCUGUUCCUGGGAUUCUAACCAAGCAACGUCUGUAAAUACUUUUCACGGUGUGUCGUUCAUUCGGUUUAAACGUUACGCACUUCACUUUUUUUGGAUUGCCAUUGGGGUCUCUUUCCACGACGUUACUUUUCACAUCGUAUGUCCAGUCUCUGCCCUCUAAAUUUCUGGACAUUAUCGUAUUUUUUCCACGCACGUUUUUUGUUGUUGUUUACUUUUAAGAACUUGGUGUCGUUCGAAACAAGACUUUUUUUGAGGACUUCUCCGUCAAACUUGUCAAAGCUUUCCGUGUCGUCAUGGAAAGACGCUACAGUCACUCAGCAACGCCAGACUGUCCACACCCGUUCGUGCACAAACUGAAACUGACCACUGCGCAGCAAAUCAGGGGAAUAGUUCAAGGAUGUUUCCUCUUCCCCAUAAGAAUGACUCUGACCGCCCUCAUCUUCCUCAUCAUGUGGCCAUUCGCGCGCCUACGAUUUGCUGGUCUGUCCGAGGAGGAGCGGGCUAAGCCAGUCAGCGGCUGGCGUCGUUGGCUUUUCCACCCCAUCAUUUCCCUGCUCAGCCGAGCGGCUUUCUUCUCUCUCGGGUUCCUGUGGAUCAAGGUCAAAGGUCGCCGGGCCGGACUGAAGGAGGCGCCGGUGCUAGCCGUGGCGCCUCACAGCGGGUUCCUGGACAUGCUGGUUCUGUGUCCGACCCAACUGCCAACCGUGGUGUCGCGCUCUGAGAACGCCGGCCUGCCAGUCAUAGGAGCCCUGCUGGAGUUUAACCAGUCUGUGAUAGUGAGCAGAAAAGACCCAGAGUCCAGGAGGAAGUGUGUCACCCACAUCAAAGAGCGGCUCACGUCCAAUGGACACUGGCCUCAGAUGCUGAUGUUCCCAGAAGGCACCACGACGAAUGGCAGUGUGCUCAUCAAGUUCAAACCUGGUGCCUUUCUAGCUGGCGUCCCUGUUCAGCCGGUCCUGCUGCGGUACCCUAACAGACUGGACACAACCCGGUGGACUUACAAAGGAACCAGCUGGAUUGCAGCACUGUGGUACACCACUUCUCAGCUCUACACAAACGUCACUGUAGAGUACAUGCCAGUUUACACGCCAUCCCCGGAAGAGAAAGCCGACCCCAACCUGUAUGCUGACAAUGUUCAGAAGCUCAUGGCCAAAGCCCUGGAUCUGCCUGCCACAGACUAUGUGAUGGAGGGCCGUGUUCCUGUCAACAAGCUGGUAGGCAUCUCCCUCCCCCUGGAGCCCCCAGCCAGACAGACACUCUCCCUGCUGUACAAGAACGGGUUCAGAGCUGCAGAUGUGGAGUCAGCCCUGGUCAGGAUGAUUGACAGGUGUCAGUCGGGUCAUGGGUGGAUGGUUGGGAAGGACGAGCUGCCGUCCCUUCUGGGACUGACGGACAGACCGACGGCGGCCAAGAUCUACAGCCUCUACUCCAAGGAUGAGGAGGUGGACGUCAGACAGAUCUAUUUGAGUGUGGCUGCCAUCUCUGGCCUGGUGGGCCUCAAGUCUCUCCUGCACACUGCAGUAACUAUGUUUGACUGUGACGGUGUUGGCAGUCUGAGUGCAGUGGAGCUGUCCGACCUGAUGGGGGCGCUGGUGGGCAUUCCCCAGCACAACACCACAGCGCUGUACACGGAGCUGGCGUGGGGGGGGAGACCCACAGUAGGGUGAGUCCAGCCUGGCUGCUCCUCUGUUCUCACACACACACACACACACACACUGUGAGACUGAUCAGCUUCUUCAGUUUAACACUGGGACUGUUCUGUGGGGCCAGAUGGAGGAGGAGGAGGAGGAGGAAGUCCAGUCACUGACCAGCACACUGAACGGUCUUCUUGGUUAUCUCACUUGUUAUCGGGUCACAUUUUAUGAUUACACGUGACGCGUUGCUAUGGUUGCCUCGGGCUGUGCUUUGUCAUCACGACCCCCUGCUGUUAAACGUAAUGUUUGUUCUCCUCUACAGAGGACCUGCUCAGAGUACUGACAUCACACCCGACCUAUCAGAGGCUUCUAAAUGAGUACCUGCAACCCGAGGAGGCGGGGGCCAGUGACGUCAUCCUCUUCCUUGACCAAUGGGGAGCCAGAGGCAGCAAAAACAACAACAA